CCUUCUGCAGCAAACACGCGUUACAUGUAGUGGGGGCGGGGUCAACCUCCGAGCAGCAACUGUUUCUAUAAGAUCUUCGCCCAGAUCUCACAGAAAAUGGAUUUCCCCAUUUCAAUCCCAGUUUUUCAAAACAAUUGGCCUUGCCGAAGCUGCAUUUGAUCAUGCCGGACAACGCCGAAAGCAGAGAUGCCCUCACAGCAAGACAGCUGCCCGAAAUGCAGCUCUCGACGGCAGAGAGCCCUCUAACUGCGCCAAGACUACCUCCGGAUGGAUUGAAUGCGGCGCAGAGAGCGCAACAUAGAUUCUCGGUGAAAGGCAAUGCAAUUAUCACCGGCGGCGCCGGUACCCUCGCCCUCGAAGCCGCGACAGCCCUCCUCGAACACGGCGUCUCAGGCCUCGCCUUGUGGGACCUCAACCCUGACCAAUCCCUCCCCGCCAUCACCGCCAUCCACAAGAAAUUCCCGCACGUUAAGAUCAUCACGGAAGCCGUCGACGUGCGCGACGAAGCAAAAAUCGCCUCCGCCCUCGCCGACACCGUAAAGCUGCUCGGCAGCGUCGACAUCCUGUGCUGCUUCGCCGGCGUUGUCGGCUGCACACACGCCAUCGACAUGGCUGCCGACGAGUGGCGCCGCACCACCGAUAUCAACCUUACAGGCAGCUUUCUCUGCGCGCAGGCGUUUGCGCGUCAGGUCAAGACACAAGGAACGGGUGGCAGCGUCGUAUUCACUGCAAGCAUCUCCGCGCAUCACACCAACUACCCGCAGCCCCAGGCCGCGUAUAACGCAUCCAAGACAGCAAUUCUGAGCCUAACCAAGAGUCUGGCGGCUGAAUGGAGCGGGUUGGGGAUUCGCGUGAAUUCGUUGAGCCCCGGGUAUAUGGAUACGAUACUGAAUGAGGGCGAUGGGCUGAAGAGGGCGAGGGACACGUGGAAUAGUCGGAAUCCCUUUGGGCGGAUGGGGCAUCCGUGGGAGCUGACGGGGCCGUUGGUCAUGCUGGUCAGUGAGGCGGGGCGGUAUGUCAAUGGGACUGAUAUUAUUGUUGAUGGUGGUGCAAUGGUGUUUUAGAGAUGAUGGGAGGUGUAGGAUCGAGCGGUUAGAGGGAUGGCUUGAUGACUGGUAUUUGAACUGAGUGAUGCAUUGGCAUAUAGAGGACAUGAAAAGGAUAGACCGGCUGGUGAGCAUCACUCCUGGCUUGUUAGGAACCAAAUCAAUUGUAACGGGCCCACUCGCCCGUAAAUUCAAAGGAGA